UCGAGGACUGAACCUUGGGUCCACCCCUUUUUGCUUACUGCUGUUCUGCUCUUUCCUCUUUAGCCCUUCCUUUCCGUGAGAAACUACUGAACUUGAAAUAAAGGCUCCAUAUUUCCAUAGUCAUGACACUCUUUUCUUCCCUCACCCCAGUCUUUAUAGCCAUUAUAUGUGUUUUGAUUGGGGUAAUAAUAAAGAAAACUAAUGGAGAGAAGGAAAAACGUGAUGUUAAAAGCAAGCUGACACCUUGCCCGUGGGUGGACGAAGAUUUAAAAGAUGGUACUGACCACACCUUGGAUGAAGAAGAUGUUGAUGAAGAGUGGCAAGGACUUGAAGAAAAUGUUGCCCAUGUCCCCUUCACUCCAGAGCGCUACUCUGAGGCUGAAAUGAUUAAAAGGUCACAGACAUUUUAUGAGCUUCUAAAUAAGAGGCGAUCUGUCAGGUUUCUUAGUGAUGAGCCGGUCCCCAGGGAGGUUAUCGAUAAUGUCAUCAGAACAGCAGGUACUUCACCUAGUGGAGCACACACUGAGCCCUGGACCUUCGUGGUAGUGCAAGAUUCGUAUUUAAAACGUAAGAUUCGUGAAAUUGUAGAAGAAGAAGAGGAAAUCAACUACAAAAAAAGGAUGGGAGACAGAUGGGUUAAUGACCUGAAAAGAUUGAGAACAAACUGGAUCAAAGAGUACUUGGACACUGCUCCAUAUCUGAUCCUCAUUUUCAAGCAGGUAUAUGGGCGGCUUCCAAAUGGCAAGAAGAAGACGCAUUACUAUAAUGAAAUCAGUGUUUCUAUUGCCUGUGGUAUCCUGCUUGCUGCACUGCAGAAUGCAGGUCUGUACACGGUGACCUCCACACCCCUCAACUGUGGCCCCCAGCUCCGGGUGCUGCUCCAGCGCCCAGCAAAUGAGAAGCUACUCUUGUUGCUCCCCGUUGGCUAUCCCAAGAAAGAUGCUACUGUGCCUGCGCUGACCAGAAAGCCGCUGGAAGACAUCAUGGUGGUCAUGUGAGCCCAGUGCCAGGAGGAAGGAGUGCAUCCCUGCUGACAGCUAGGAAGCAACAGCCUGAUGAAGUUGUCAUUGCUGUUUCUUUACAUCGUCCCCCUAUGUCACUGUUGCUCUGGCAGUUUACAUCUGUAUUUCUUUUAGUGCUACUAACAGCAGUGAGCAAUCAAGUGUUGUGCAUUUGACAGGUGCCGUUACUUAUGAAACCAGGCAGUUGCUCCAGGAGACAAUGGCAUUUAAAUGACCUUCAUCGCUUGAUUUUUCUCAUGCAAAUCUUUUCUUGAACUGGAAUAUAUAUUCUUCUUAUACUUUUCUGAUUGCCGUUACACAGUUAUUUUAAGAAUUUUAAUGAAGGUUGUAUUAAAAGAUAUAAAGAGGUCAGACUCAGCUGUCUCGAUCACUGUUUAAAUGCCCCUUCCCCCUCUGUGUAGAAGGAUGCUAUUUUUCUCUUAU